AUGAACUCAUCCCUCGCCACCACCACCACCACAACAACAACGACAACAUCCUCCUCCCUCUCCCCCAUCCUCCCCAUCCUCAACGCCUUCAACCACCGCCACCACAACCAGCACCGCCUCGCCCACUGGUGGCCCGUCUUCCGCAUCUUCCGUCGCACCAUCCGCGCCCUCCUCGACGACCUCGCAUCUUCCCGUCGCCGCGAUGCCUCGUCUCCUCCCCCGCGCGCAAUUUGGCUCAACAAGCACUUCAUCUCCAGAGCAUACAUAGCCUUUUCACAACUCGCCGCAGACAACCAACACGCUCCCCUCGGCCUCCUCCUCCUCGCCAUCCUCGCCCGCACACAUACCGCACUCACCCAGCUUCUCGAUCAGCCAACUAUUCCUCCGCCAUCCUCAAGCACACAAGCCAACGACAUAAGCCAGGAUAAAGGCGUCGCCAUAGCUCGUCAGAAACCAGAGCGCCAAAAGACACAAGCCGCUAUCCAACCUCCCUCCGAUGAGCAACAAGGUGACAAGCUCGAUCGAGAUGCUACAAAGCCAAUCAAGUCAAAAUCAAAGGAACCAUCAUCAAAAGAGAAGAAGAAGAAGAAAAAGAACAAGGGAGACGCGCUAUCCAGCCUCUUCGGCUCCUUGUCGUAA